UUUUUCAACAGUGCAGCCUUAAUAGUGUACUCUGAUCUACAGUAGGCUACAUGCAAAUUAUUAAGAAACGUCUCCAAGCCAGUUAUUUGCAUUUAACCAAAUGAUGAAGGCUUCACAAGCGAAACCAUGUGAAGGGUAUGAAUAAAGGUGCGUGAGCUUGACCAUAUGUAUGUCUGCUUGGCUUUUUAAAUCUUCUUUCUUCCUUUGGUAUAAUGAAUGUGGUGUAUGAGUGCUGCUGGAAUAGAAAACAAAACUGAAGAACUGAGAAACCUGACUGCGCUCAGCUAACAUUAUGAUGGAGACAGAGUAUUCCAAGCGAGUAUACCAAGGUGUCAGAGUCAAGCACACAGUCAAAGACCUUCUUGCAGAGAAGCGAUUACGACAAACAAAUGCACCCCGAUUCAGUACGAGCAGUAGUUCUUCUCAGCCAGCUUUUGUGCCAAUGCCUGGAUCGCAUAUGCUUCCUGGUUACUACAGUAUGCGAAGAUCCUUCCUCCCAGACUCAGAGCUCUGCCAUCCCAUGAAGCAGUACUCACCAGACACUUACUCUUCGGGGCUGGGAAGCAAGGCCUUCUCGUACGACCACCCCUCCUCUUACCCUUCCUUCAUUGACAGCUAUUACACUCCUGAUUCAUAUGGAGAUUACAGAGGGCCAACAUCUUAUACCACCAGUGGAGGGUCACUGUUUCCACCAUCUACAUUACCAACACUACUACCAAGUCUGUCUGGAGAGACAUCGUCACACUUGCAUUUGAGAGACCCCUGGGAUCAGCCAUCAGAAGACCCGGUCAGUCAGUCAGAAGUCAUAUGUCCUGAGGGUCCAGCUUCUGUGGCAGACUCCCCAUCCCUGGGAGGGCCUGAUUCUGGGAGUUCCUCCCCAUACCGUCUAUCCUCUGGGCGCAGUGGAAGCUCCAUCCCAUCCAGCUCUCAGACUUAUACCCUACAACCCUUGGAAGACGUCCCGUACCCAGCAGCAUCCUACACCACUGCUUCCAGCUACUCCUGCCCACCGUACAUGACCUCACCUGGAGAUCUGGCUGUGGUGAAGAUGACACCUGUCACCACAGAGGAGGCUGCUGGUGGAGUGGUGUCUCUCAGUGACACUACAUCCUGGGCUAAAGAUGAUGGAACUGGCUCCUGGUUGUCAUAUGAGACUAGGAGGGCUUUUUAAGAGGCUUAAAUGACAAUACAAAGACUGUGGACUGAUCAUUUGCAAUGACACAGUCUCUUUAUCCUUAUAGAGAAGGAGAUCAUACAGGUUCAUCAUCACCUCCUCAAGAAAUGCUGGUCACAAUAUACAAUUUUAAACUGUUUAUAUGUUUAAUGAUACAGCAAAAAAAUAUGUGUUAAUAGUUUAGUUAAUUCAGGGUUUAAUUAUGCAUCUUACAUGCCCAGGCGUUCAAGAAUAAAUUAGAAGAAAUGCUCGCUUUUUUUUCCCUUUCUUAGAUUUUCAAUAAGUCCUCUUGAGACUGGUCUCGAUUAUAAAUCGCAAAUGAUAUCAAAGAACACUCUUUAAACAACACGCAUGUUAGACUUCUGUCAGGAAUGGCAAUAUAAAAA